GCCAUGGCGAGAGCGACGACUCGCGCCAUUCCGCCUUGAAAAAAAAGCUCGCGUCUAGGCCCUUUUCCAUGGGCAAAAAUACUGCCUUUCCCCCCUCUUCGUCUUCUUCCCAUAGCUUCCCCGAAACCAACCUAAUCCAGCAAACGCCAUGACCGAGUAAGCAACGCGCGUCGAGCGUACGCCGAGCCACGCGACUCCUCUCUUCCUCGCUCUGUUGGUUUUUUUUUUCUUCUGCUCGUGUCUUGAGAUCAGAGGAAACAGAGGAGGUGUGUUGAUCCCUUCGUCCUUGUUUGAUCAAGAACAGCCGGAGGUAGACGAAGGCUGCAAGAUUUUUGUCUGCUCACUCGACUGUGCUUUGCGAGAGCUGUGGUCGGAGGAGAAGCAGGAAGAGGGCAGCUCGGUGGUGGUUGCCUUCGUGGGGGGAGAGUGCACGACGGCGGCGAGAGCUCGUCUCCCCUUCCCCGACGGCACGGCCACCGAGGCGGGACCGGCGCGAUGGGCUCGCCGUCGCUGACAUGGAGUGACCUGCCUCCGCCCUUCUCCAAGUCCCCGGCUUCGCUGCUCCUGCUCUCCAAGUCGCUCACCCUCUACUGCUGAGAGCUCCGUUGCGCGCUUGGGGUUUUGGCCAUGGGCGCCGUCAGCUCGUCGGCGAGAGGGGGAGGGGGAGAUGGGGCGACCGCACUGGGGGACUUGCCGGAGAGCUGCGUGGCGGAGGUGCUGCUCAGGCUGGACCCGCCGGAGAUCUGCCGGAUGGCGCGGCUCAGCCGCACGUUCCGCGGCGCCGCGUCCGGGGACGGCGUCUGGGAGGCCAAGCUGCCGACCAACUACGCGCGCCUCCUCGCCGCCGCCGCCGCUGACGGCAACGAGGAAGCCACUGCGGUGGAGGCGGAGACGAUCCCCAAGAAGGAGGUCUACGCGCGCCUCUGCCGCCGGAACCGAUUGAACGGCGGCACCAAGGAGUUCUGGCUGGACAAGGGUGGUGGAGGUGUCUGCAUGUCAAUCUCUUCAAGGGCGCUUUCAAUAACUGGCAUUGAUGAUAGGAGAUAUUGGAACUUCAUUCCAAAUGAUGAAUCGAGGUUUCAUGUGGUUGCCUACCUCUCACAAAUUUGGUGGUUUGAGGUCAGAGGGGAGGUUGAAUUCUGCUUCCCAGAAGGCACAUAUAGCCUGUUCUUCCGCCUUCAUCUAGGAAGGCCAUUCAAGCGACUUGGACGGCGUGUUUAUAGCUCCGAGCACAUCCAUGGCUGGGACAUAAAACCGGUGCGCUUCCAGUUAUCAACUUCUGAUGGACAGCAGGCUCAGUCCAAGUGCUACCUGACUGAUCCCGGUGUCUGGAUCAAUCACCAUGUUGGCGAUUUUGUGGUGAAGAGCUCAGAUGAACCGGUAAAGAUCCAGUUUGCAAUGGUUCAAAUAGACUGCACACACACAAAAGGUGGACUCUGUGUCGAUUCGGUGGCUGUAAAACCACAGUAUCUUGCGAAGAAGAAAGCACCUCGGAUAUAUGUGUAGAGUUCAUCAAACAAGUCAAGCUGAUUUUUCAUCGAUGCUGCAUAGCCUUUGUUUCGCUGCACUUUGUGUGUGUUCUUGCUUUUGAGUUUUUACAGAUCCUGUAAUAUGUAGUAGUAGUAGUUCAUGGGGUAAGUGAUUUUUUUAUUUCCUCUUGUCCCUCUAGAAGCAUGUUGCACUUUUGUAAAUUGUUAAUUUGGAGAUAUACAUAGCUUUUGUGGCUCAUGGUCCCUGACUCCCUGUGCACCAAUGCUGUCCUGGUAUCUUGAAUAGCAAAAGUUUUCCUGCAGUAAUUUCACCCUCAA